UAUUUAUUUUAUUUAUUUCGUUAAGGUUUUUAUCUAUUGGCUUGGGAAAUCGUCUUUCGACGGAAUCGAAACGGGAAAUUCCUCAAGCCAAGUCAAAAUUCCAUAUCUUCAUCUCGAACACGACCUCGAUUCCCUCUUCAACUUCUCAACAUCAAUUUCGCAGUCGUUUGUGUAGAAAUCAACUGCUAGGGUUUCGCAGAACCGCCAAGAAUAACGACAUAUGGAUUGGGGUAACGUGACCGCGGAGGAUCUAAUCGAUGCGCUCCGUGAAGUUGACUGGUCAUCGCCGCCCCGCCCUCUCCCUGAGUUCUUUUCCAGGUUCACGGUUCCUAGAUCCUACGCCAAAUGGAACAGCCGCCUCAAAUGCAAUCUAUACUAUUACAGGACAAACUACUUCAUUAUGAUCAUUCUCAUCCUUGGUUUGGGUUUCCUUAGGAGGCCUCUUGCUAUAGUGGCUGCUCUUUUAACAGCUCUUAGCAUUGCAUUUCUGAAUGACAGCUUUGCAGGUACUUUCAGUGAGAAGGUUACAAGAACUGUCAGGCAGUUUUCUCCACAUUUAGCAGCAAAAAUGAGGCCACCUCUUACGCCUGUCAUUCGUGGACGUCCAUCAGCAAAAAGAGCAAUUCAUAUAUGUGGUCGUCCUCGUUGGGUGUUUGUCCUGAUAUUUUCUGCUGUGAGUUUUUUCCUUUGGUAUGUUUCCUGUGGUCUCAUUACUGUUUCUUGGGCACUUGCCGUUGGCCUACUUGGCACUAUUAUCCAUGCAAGCUUUAGAACGCCUAAUCUGAAAGCACGUCUAAACACAUUCCGGGAGGAAUUUCGAGCAGUUUGGCGUAAUUACAGUGAGCUGUAGGAUUGGCCGACUCGGAGUUUGUAGGAUGGUUGUUUUCUUGAUGGUGAAAAGCUCAUUUAGGUGGUCGGUCUGAAGUUCGGUUCUGCUACCGCUUCUGUUGCUAGGAAAUAAUUCCAUAUGGCUGGACUUGAAUUUUCAGGUGAAGGCUGGCCAAUCUUUGCAGUUCAUCUAGAGGGUGUAAAUUUUCUGAGCCCCUUGUUCUGUAAAGAAUUGUUUGAUACUAUAAACCCACAUAUUGGAGAACACUCGUCUUAAUUUACCAUGAGAACAGGAAGAGAAAAAGAACUGUAAGAGGAUCUAUUAAACAGUAAAUUCAAACGUUUUUAAAGUUCUCUAGCCAGUUGACUAAUCCUCUAGGGGCCUCUGUUUGUUUUGUUGCUCCUUGAAUUAGUUUGUCUUGCAUGAUUUCUAUGUAAGAAUUUCUUGCUUGCUUGCGUUA